AUGGAGCCACAUGUUACACAGAGCAUGAUGGAGCCAAAUGUAACACAGAGCAUGAUGGAGCCACAUGUUAUGCAGAGCAUGAUGAAGCCCCAAGUUACACAGAGCAUGAUGGAGCCGCCUGUUACACAGAGCAUGAUGGAGCCACAUGUUACAAAGAGCAUGACGGAGCCACAUGUUACACAGAGCCUGAUGGAGCCACAUGUUACACAGAGCAUGAUGGAGCCACAUGUUACACAAAGCAUGAUGGAGCCACAUGUUAUGCAGAGCAUGAUGAAGCCCCAAGUUACACAGAGCAUGAUGGAGUCACAUCUUACACAGAACAUGAUGGAGCCACAUGUUACACAGAGCAUGACGUAG